AUGGUUCUUGAAUAUGAGAAUCAGAUCCAGCGAGCAGAAUAUGCAGAAAGUACAACUCCAGCCUCGUCCGUCCGUGAUUCCGACAAGUUGAAGGCUUAUAUUCCGCUCGCUGGGCUUUCCGAUGAUGGUUGGUCCAAAGACAACGAAGCAACAGCGACCUGUUAUUGCGGCGCCGUGCAGCUUGCUUUCGUCAGUCCUUACUCCCUUGAAUACGAAAACCCUCAGUCAUGUUCAGCCCCCAUUCACCUGAAAUUCUCUCCCCCGUCCCACCUCCUCAGCAUCUCACCUUCAAAGUAA